UAGUACGUGGUGAUGAGCCAGCGUACGUACUUUUUGCUGUGAAACAGGUGAUUAUGAGUGCAUUUUCAGCGCAGUAUAAAGUUUUCGAAUAUGUAAUUGGUUUGUUUAUUUUUUGGUAGUCUAGUCAUUAUAAUUUACAGCAACAGGAGGGAACAUCUACGAAUAAUUUUGAAAGUGUUUUCCAUGUAAAAUAGUUUCUUUGGUUCGGCACACAAUAGCGCGUAGAGGUACAAUGCCAGGCUAUACGGAAAUAUUCUUCAGCGUGCUAUCCCUCCUGUAUCUUGUUAAGGGCAGAAUAAUCAACAAUGGAAAUGAUGUGUUCUUGGAAGAGAAGGCAGCAGGCUCGUUUCUCUCUCGUACACUGCUGUAUAACAGUUGGGACUUCGAGCUAGUGGUGGCUGGCAAUAUAGAGAGAGAAUGCAAUGAGGAAUUGUGCUCGUAUGAAGAGGCAAGAGAGGCAUUUGAAGAUGACACAAAGACAGCUGCCUUUUGGAAGGGCUAUGUCAACAGUCAGGAGUCUUUAACCCGAGUGGAUGUGUCCGGUCUGGUGGCCGGCAUUUUGGCUAUUGUAAUAACAGCGAUUAUAGCCACUGUGCUCGGCAUUUAUUGCUACAAAAACAGAGGAAAAACGCCGAGAAGAGUUGGCAGUGUUCCAGUCCGAAUGCCUGUCGAUGGACGUUCAGCGCCUGAAUCUGUUCCCUUGACUAAUAUUGCGGCCCCAGGUCUCCCCUCUUACAAUGAGGCUCUGGCCAGCAGUGGCCAGCAUGACGCACCACCACCUCCUUACUCAGGUGGGGUUCCAUCUGGGCAACCAAAUACUCAAGAUGCAUAGUGAUGAGAUUCUCUUGCUUUAAAACUGGGGAAUAAGGAAUUGCAAGCUGGUGAUGGUCAUGUGUCAAGGAGAAAUAAAGGGCUGUCAACAGCCAAGUUCAGUUUAUUAAUUAGGUAAUUUAUUACAUAAAUUCCAACACAAUGUGUGUUAGUUUUAUAAUUUUUAAAUAUUUUGCCAAUAUUAUUGAGUAUAAUCCUGUAUAAGCGUAAACUGUCAAUAUUUUUGUAAAUCAGUCUUUUUUAAGAGUUUGUCAUUGUUCAACUGAAAUAAAACCGAGUUGUUUUA